AUGGUAGCAGGAAGGCCAGGAAACAUUAAGCAUGGGGCUUUCCAAGCCCCGCCACCACCGGGACAACAAACAAUGAACGCGGCCGGGGUGGCCACCCCAAUAACGGGUCAGCCAACUGCCGGUCCAGGGGGAGUGGCGCACCAGGCUAACAUCCCUACGGCGCAGCACAGCUCGGAGGUACUAGGUCAGACGAGGAAGCUAGGCGUGUCUCCAGCCCGGAUGGCGGUUGGUGGCGUCGCAGUUAUAAUGACAUUGGCUUAUUUCACGUUGUAUUCCCACAAGAAGCCCGAGGCCAGCGCCCUCGACGUUGCUAGAGUUAGUUCUGGAACUGCUAGUCCCCAAAACACCCGUCCUCGCGAUUAG